AUGGCGUUAGCAAUCUCUAUAUCGGCGCCAAGCGAAGAUAAAGAUCCGAACAGCGCCGAUACUUUAUCUAUAAUACUACGCAAGUGUAGAGUGGCAAAGCGUAUUUGGAAUCAAACCAUAUCGCUACAAUUGAUGGAUAGGCAACUGUACUAUAACUACUACCCACCUGCAGCGUUAGUAAACGGGCCACCCACUUAUUUUCCUUACCCGAUUACCAUUGGUGGCAACGGAUUACUAGCAUCGCAUUUCUCGCAUUUGACGGCUUCGAUACGACCGCCAUCGCCGGAGCCACCUGCUUUAAGUCGUACGCCACCCAGUCCAUCAAAACCGGCAUGUCCAGCUAGUACCAUCCGCGAAACAUUGUCACCUGCAGCAACUGCUUCGAGUUUGACACCAUCCGCCACAGCCGCUGCGGCUACGUAACAGCAUCAGCAGUCACAGCGCUAUGGCCACACUGCUUAUGCAACCGCUGCUGUUUCAGCCGCAGCUGCGGCAGCUGCUGUGCU